UGUUUAGUUCUUCAGAGUUUGAACGCGGUAUAGUCCGGUGGUUUGAUAAAGUACUGUCGUUUUAGCGAACGAAACUUAUUCGAAUUAUUUUAAAAUAAAUGAAUUAAACGAAUAUUUACAUUGUUCGAGUGAUACGAAGUAUUGAAGAUUAUUGUGUUUAGUGGUUUUAUAGUGUUGGUGUGAUUCAGUGCUCAAGAGUACCGUUGGCCGGUGUUGUGGAUAUCAAAUAUGACAAGCGAUAGGAGUUUUGCAUGACAAAGAGUAAAUGGAAGCAAACAGAGCACUGCAAGCUUGUUUUGGGAUGACGCAGGUGGCGGUGUGUUAGCGAGGUAUGAUGUCCCAGCCGGGGCAAGGGCUUGGCGAGCGGCGGUACUCGGUACCUGCCGCGCCGCUCGCGCACGAUCCGCGCACCAUGCACUCCGAGGAUUUACAUGCUUGGUCUAUUUAUAGACAAAACCUCAACUCUGACUUCACUGACAGCGCUCUUGGCAGCACGGACAAAAGCCCGCUGCCCUACGGCAACUUUCAGCUUAGAGACACUACUGUGCAGUCUAUACUUUCACACCCUAGAUAUGGACCGAAGUCAGCGCUCGGUUCUAAUAUGUACACCUACUUGAAAUUUGGUCUGCCGCGCGUGUUCCCGCCGAACCACAAUGGCUCCCAGCGCUCUGGAACACCCAAACCAAAAACAUCCAUUGGCAGCGGCAUGAAAUCUGUACCUAGGGUGCAGAGACAAAGUCGCGGAGUUCGUGAGACGUCUUCGGGCUACGAUAGCUCAGACAACGAGACCUCCACCAACUACAAAUACAGCCGCAAGUACCGUUCCGACCCUGACUUCAGGAUGCAGAACUUACAUCCUUCCUAUCAACAUGCAACAGGAGUACCGCUAGUGGCUAUGCAGCAGGCGGGCAUCAGGGACACGUGGGCGAGCUCGCGGCACAAGUCGCAUAGUGAGGCAAAUCUACUGGCUGCUGAGCGAGCCGAGCGCGCGCACCGCGCCCACACGCGCCGCACCAGCGUCGCUGACUACCUGCCUGACGACCACCACAGUUACUUAAUGCCAUCCUCGCAUCUGGGCGGGCGCAUGUCGAAGGCGGGCAGCCAUCUUUCGCUAGCGCACUCCAGGAAGCACUCCACGCUGCGGCCCGGAGACCAGCUCGAUGGAUAUACGCACUCCGCGUACAUUUACCCUAAUUAUUAUGUUAGCAAUUUAGAAAUAACGUCACCGGAUAACAAAUCAACUCUUUUGGUGUCUGGUUUGAGCUUCGAGGUGAAGUCUGGAGAUAUCCUGGCUGUGCUGGCCACUUCCCAGCACGAGGCCACCGGGCUACUCGAUGUACUCGCAGGUGUUAGAAAGAAAUUAUCUGGAGAUAUAGUGCUGAAUGGGCAAGCAGUGGCGUCUUCGACACUUCGAAAGCUGGCGGCGUACGUGCGCAAAGACACCUCGCUCUGCCCCUCCAUGACUGUCGAGCACACGCUGCGAUUCCACGCGGCGCUUAGGAAGCCCAGACAGAACCACAGUCAAGUCAAAAUGGACGAUAAGGAUAGAAUAAAUAUUCUAAUAGAGGAAUUAGGACUCGACCAAGUUCGGGACACGAACGUGAGUCGACUCACCCGCUCCGAGGUCCGGAGACUGAACGUAGCCUGUCAGCUGCUGCUGGACAUGGCGGUGCUUAUCCUGGACCAGCCCACCAGGGAGAUGGAUAUCUUCGACACCUUCUUCCUCGUGGAAUAUCUCAGGAAUUGGGCCAUGGAUGGCCGCGUCGUCAUCAUGUCCCUCCACCCACCGACUUAUGAAAUAUUUGCUAUGCUUACUAAGGUCGUAUUAAUAUCCGCGGGCAGGACAAUGUUCAGCGGAUAUAGAAGAGACAUGUUGCCAUAUUUUGCUUCAAUCGAUUAUCCUUGCCCUGCUUUCAAGAAUCCAUCUGAUUAUUAUUUGGACCUGGUGACGCUGGACGACCUGUCUGCGGCGGCCAUGUUGGAGUCGUCGGGGCGCAUCGAGGCGCUGGCGAGCGUGUUCGCGAGCACGCAGGCCGCGCCCGAGCCGCCGCCGCCCGUGCCGCUGCCCGCGCCGCUGCACAGGCCCAACGUUGUCAUGCAAGCUUUUGCUCUUGUCGAGAAGAGCUUGCUGUACACACAAAUGACGACUCUAUCCAACGUGAUAACCAGGAUACUGUUGGCGGCGGUCAUGUCGCUCAUCAUCGGCACCAUCUUCUGGGACCUCCCGUCUACUGACGCUAAGUUGACUCAAAACGACCGUAUCGGGUUCCAUUACUCCGUGAUGUGCGUUUGCGCGUGGCCGCUGCUGCUGUGGCUGAGCGCGCGCGAGGCCAGCGCACUCCGCCCGCACGUCGAGAGAGACAUCGCUGUUGGACUCUACUCCAGGACUUUGUUCAUCUUGUUUGAUCAAUUCCUGGAGCUAUGGUCUGCAUUCUUGACGUGGCUAGCGUACCUGGUGCCGAGUUAUGCUAUGAGCGGCCUCUACACGCAGGCGCCUGGCUCUUAUGACGGCUUCUAUAUUUACUUAGGUUACAUGCUUCUAUACCUGAUCAGCAUACAAAUGCUUUGCCGAGCGAUGGUGUUCCUAAUUCCAAUGGAGAAGACUGCAUCUAUCUUAUCAGGACUUGUACUUCUGCUGACCACUUUAGUGAACGGCGUGAUGUUACACCAACACGAUCUGCCGUCGUACGUCAAAUGGUUGGAGUACGUGUCGCCGUCAAGAUGGGUGUUGCCAGAGAUAUUGCAACGAGAACUUAGUGAAACUGCACUCAGAAGCAGCAUUAGUAAAGAUAUUAGGUGUACUAAUAAACAGAGACCUUAUCAAGAUAUAAUAGUACCAUGUCCACCACCGAAUGGAACACAAGUGCUGUCAAACUACGAGUACUUAAGAUCUGAAAACAUAUGGGAAUGGGACGAACACAGCUUCCUCGUAGCACUGGCGCUAUUCUACGCAGUGUUUGCUAUAAUCGGUAUAUUAGCGUUUGUGUUUGAUUGCACGAAAUACGUCAAGAGUAAAGAGAGGAAGUCGCUUAAGGGUCACAAAGUUACUGUGAACACUCCUUAACACGUUCUGCCGAAUUAUCUGGUGUUCAUUACCAUACAAAUCAUACUAGUAUUAAAUGUAUUUUAUGUAUGAUGUUGGUCGGGUGUGGUAAUUUUAUCUUUUAACGAGAAAAUUCGUAAAUCAUGUCAGAGUCGGCUUAUUAAUUGAUUUUUUUAAUUGAAUUUUAAUAAUAGCGAUUGUGUCGAAUAUUUUUUAAGAAAGUUGGCGCUCACUUAGUUAUUUAUUUUAAGCAUUCGAUUGUCAUAUUUGGUGCUAAAUAUACUAAUGUUUAAUUGAUAGAUUUAACAGAAAUGUUAUAAGAUAUUUGCUGGAUAAUGUUGAUAUUAACGAAGUUAUAGACUUGAAAUUAUGUCUUAAUUUAGAAGUAGGUUAUUGAAAGAUUUACGUUCGAGAGUGAAAGUAAAAUAGAUCAUUGGAAAAAUUUUGCGUUUUAAAACGAUAUUUACAAAAAAAAAAACAGAAAAAGCUAAAAUUGUUUACUACAGUUAAAAAAUCUUAUUUAAUAUGAUUAGUUUUUUUUUAGGUCUGAUUUUUAAUUGCCAUUCAAACUAUGGUAUGAUUUAUUUGAAAUAUUUCAGUGAAAAUAAUGUACAAAUAACUUUUUUCUCGAUUUUAUUAGGUUUUAAUGAGAAAAUAAGUAGAUAUUGAAGGCUGACUAUUAUAUUGUCUUCCGUUAACACUAGAAAAAUGUAUGUGCGUAGUUAUUUACUUUAACAUAGUGCCUUAAUUACUUAAAACAUAUACUUAACUCUUACUUAUGUUUUAUUAUAUUGUAAUUUAGUAAAUAAAAGUAUCUAUAUAUUACAAUAAGUAUUUUGUAAAUAAUCGAGUGCCGAAUUUAUAUGAAAGUAGUUAACAUGCACUGCCUUUUUGAAAAUGCUCAGUAAAAAUUGAAAAUUAAUGUUUUUUAUUACAAUGCAAUAUAAUAUUAAUUAUUAAAUUUGUGGAGCCAUAAUAAUGAAAAAAAUAAUAAUUGGUAAGUUACCUUAAUGUGCGGAGAAUCGUGAUAAUGAAAUAAAAAAUUAUUUGUAACUAUU